AUGGCCAAUAAAGCAAGCAUAGCACAAAACGCAUUUGUUGGCCUCAGCAGCCUCAUCAAGCUUCUUCCAACAGGGACCGUCUUCGCCUACCAGUUCCUCAAUCCUUUGUUAAUCGGCGGCGACGGCGACAGCUGCAAAGUAGCUAACAAGGUCCUAUCUUACAUUCUAAUAGUGGUUUGUGGGCUUUCUUGCUUUUUCUCAAGCUUCACAGAUAGCUACACGGAUAGUGACGGAGAAGUUCAUUAUGGUAUAGCAACUUUCAAGGGUUUUUGGCCGAAUCCUGAUGACAAGGAUCUGUCGUCCUACAAGAUUCGAUUUGGGGAUUUUGUGCAUGCGUCUUUUGCUUUGUUGGUGUUUGCUGGUGUAGCCCUUUUGAACGAUAAUUCCGUCGACUGCUUCUAUCCAUCUUUCGAGAAGCAUAAGAAGGUUGUGGUGUCGGUGUUGCCUACUGUGGUUGGUGCUGUUUCAAGCGCUGUUUUUGCCUUGUUUCCCACCAAGCGCAACUACAUAGGCUAUCCUCCUUCCAGCCAGAAAUCUAAUCCCCCCAAGUCUUUACUGGAUGGAUAA